AUGUGGAGAGUGUUGAGAGGAUCUCUGUUGCUGGGGGUGGGGAACAUGGGGCUGUCAGCAGUGUAGGGAGGGGCCGCAGCAUCCUUCUAGGUCCCUGGCUGUGAGCAGACUGGCCCUUCUCCAACAUCGCUGUCUUCCAAGGGAGCAGGAGCCAUCCCACUUUGUACCCUACCAGGCCAGCGACCCCCACUGAGAUUGGCAAGAAUGUGACAGCUGGACCGAAGGCACUUUGCAAAAAUUAGGCCUGUGUCCACAGGUGUUCAUUGCCUGGGCCAAGACCAGGGAAGGUUUGAAGGCUUCAGAGAGUGCCUCUGGCAGGACAGAUGCACAAAGGCCUUUUGUCAGGCCGGGGUGGCUUCCUGACCCUUCCCUCCCUCCAGGGCUUGGGUGGGGGGCUGGGACUGAGGCCCUCCUGCGUGUGAUUGAGGGAGGAGGGGAAGGGCCUUCAGAGUGCUGCCAGGCUGGCCGCCCCUCCCAGCUCUCAGAGCUGUGGGCAGGGGAAGGAAGAACCCCCAUGCGCCAGGUUUGGAUGGGCUCUCGUCUCCCCUGUAAGGCGGUGGUCCUGAGAUGUGGGCCCCUGGGCACAGCGUCUGUCUGGGGAUUCUAGGGCCUUCCCUUCACCACCCCAGCUAACAGUUGGGGGAAGGUCACUCCUGACCUCAGAGGUUGUGUCUGCAGCACACUGAUAAAUCAUGAAUUCAGAGGUGAUUCUUGGAACAGUCCUAGCCAUUCCCAAUUCCACCUCGCCAUUCCCAAUGCUAGUGACUACAGAUGGACCCUGUUCAUCCUGCCGCAAGCCCCUCCACCACAGUGGGACUUGUGGAGUGAGCCUGUGAGGUCUGCCUCUCCCCAGAUGAUGAAGAAACCCUGACAAUAUCUGUUUAACACAAAUUUCCUCCUCUGCCAUUUGGGGACAUUAAGAGACCUUUCCUCCAAUGUGAGGAUUAAGCCAAACAAAGCACUUAGAGCCUUUAAUAUUUUCCUGGUGACGACUGCAAUCAGCUCAGGGACAGAGCCAGGGGCACACCGGGCCACUGGGCGGCUCUGCCUAGCCUGGGCACCAGCAGGGCGUGGCGAGCGGCGAGGGGCGGCCUGCUGGUGCUCUAAUGGCCCUGCCUUCCCCUCCUCCCCCCACGCUCACACUCUGGCAAGAGCCCCUCCACCAUCACUGCUUCCCCUCCUACCUGGGGAGCCCCAUGCCCCUGCCUACCCAGGUGAGGGGUGCGGCGAGGAAGUGGGGAAGGCCCAUCAAGGGUAGGGGAGUGCAGCCAGGACUGGGGCGCUGCUGGGGAAUUCCAGCCUUCCGGGUUCCCAAGGCCUCCCCUCCUCCCUACAUGGGCAGGGAGGUAGUGGGACCCGGGGUCACGCCCAGCAGACUCCCAGAAGUCCCUCACGGAGAUCUAGGGAGGUCACCAGGAUGGAGGGAGCCCGGCACCCGGUGUGUGUGAGCGGGGCAGCUCUGGUGCAGAGAGAGAGGCUCCAGCAGAUGUUCACCUUCUCUGUGUGCUGGUCGGAUGACAGCGACAGCUUUGUACGCAGAAGCUGGGAGGACUUCAGGAGACUCCACAAAACCCUCAAGGAGACCUUCCCGGUGGAGGCGGGCCUGCUGCGGAGAUCUGAUCGAGUUCUCCCCAAGCUCCCAGCCGAUGCACCCUGGCUGGUGCACCGAAGCCGCACGGGCCGAGGCCUGGCCCGCCUGCAGCUGCUAGAGGCCUACCUGAGGGCACUGCUGGCGGCCGGGGAGCAUGUGUCCCGCAGCCCGGUGCUCACUGGCUUCUUCACACCACAACCUCCGGACUUGGAGCCUAUGCUGCCACCCGGCAGCCUGGUGAUCCUGCCCACCCAGCAAGAGCCCCCGCCAGGCCCCUCAGGCAGCCUUGCCGUCCGCACCCUGGAGGCCCAGAGCCUGCGCUGCCUGCAGACCUUCAGCACCCAGGACAUGCAGGGCCAGCCCUUCCGUGCUCAGGCCCAGGAGGCCCUGGAUGUGCUGCUACGACACCCCUCAGGCUGGUGGCUGGUGGCUAACGAGGACCAGCAGAUGGCGUGGUUUCCUGCUCCCUACCUGGAAGAGGCGGCCCCACACCAGGGACAGGAUGGGGGACAGCCCCUGGGGAUAAGCGGGCCCCAGUUCUGUGCUGUCCGCGCCUAUGAGAGCAGCCGGGCUGAUGAGCUGUCCGUGCCCGCAGGGGCACGCGUGCAUGUGCUGGAAGCCUGCGACCGAGGCUGGUGGCUGUGCAGGUUCCAAGGCCGCACUGGUCUUCUCCCAGCUGUGAUGCUGCAGCGUGAUGGGCUGGGCACCCUCCUCAGCGGGCCAUGGCUCCACCGCGGGGCUGACGGUGCGGAGGGCAGGGAGGGCAAGGCCCACAGCUCCCCCAGGUCCCCCCCGGCUGCAAUGCGUCCGCCUCCUGUGCCUGCCCGGCCGCCUCUGAGCACCAUUCAGAGCCGCUGCUGCACCAUCACCCGUAAGGCACUGCGGCAGGGAGCCCCCUGAGAGAGUGCGGCCCAUCGUGGAGGGCGGUGCUGUGCGCCCCAGACCCCAGGGACCACCCCAGGCCCCAGAGCCCAGGGAUGACGGCUAGCAGCCGCCUCAGCCUCAGGGCCACAGGAGGAGCAGUGGAGGUGGGGCUUGCUGGGCUGCGCGCCCCUGGUGUGCCCUGAGUAAAGCUAUCCUGACUGACA